AUCUGUAACGCUCACCUUUUCUCUCUCUUCCUUCUCUCUCUCUCUCUCUCUCUCUCUUUCUUUUUUUUUUUUUUUUUUGGAUUGAGAAAAAGCCAAAAUCUUGAGCGUCAAAUUAGUUGAUCAAACGGUUAGAAUGAGUCGGCGGUUGGUUGCUUAAAAACUCCCUUCUAUACGGUAGAUUUUUUAUCAUAAACCCUAGCCGCGCGCCAUACCCACCCACACCUCACUCACUCUCUGUAUCUCUCUCUCUCUCUCUCUAGAACUCGCCGAUCUUUGAUCUUCCACCUUAGUUUCUCUAUCUAUUUCAUUAUUAUGAUUCUCUUUUAGAUCUUAUUAGUCUCUCAAAGAUUUGUAUUUAUUUAUCACGUAGACGAAAAUCUUCUUCUUUAUUCUUUCUAUUCUGUAAAUCUCAAACUGUAUCUUACUUUUUUCUGUACCCGAUUUUUCUCUAGCAAAUUUCACUUUUUUGAUUUAUUUAUUUAUUUAUUUUCUAUGGUUUAGUGGGCAAUUUGUCCGAGUUUUCUUAGUCAGUGUAAAUGGCGGGAUUCUUGGGUGCUUUGUCGUUUUACGUUUGUGGGUUUUGAGUUUCAAGUAUGUACUAGAAAGAAAAUUGUCAGACCUGGUUCUGGGUUCUUCUGGGUUUUGGUUGUUCUUUGUACGGGUUUGGGUUUUGUGGGGUGUGAGUCGACUCGGAGAGACCCAGUGAGUUCAGAGAAAGAAGGCCGAGUCCCCGAGUCGUGCCGCUCGGGAAUAACCUGGGUUUGGAAAUGCCAUCGGUUGGGAUGAGAAGGACGACGAGGGUUUUUGGUGUGGUGAAGGGUGCGGAUGGAGCGAGGGUGUUGAGAUCGGGAAGGCGGUUAUGGCCGGACUCCGGUGAGUCCAAGCUCAGGAGAUCCAACGAUGGCGAUGACUGGUUUAAGAUUAUCAAGAGCGACGGUGGUGGGAAAGACGACAAUGGUGGUGGUGGACUUGGUUACGAAAAGCCCAAGCCCAACUCCAAGCCCAGCGGCUGGACAAAAAUCUCUGCAAAUGGAGGAGUCCAGAAGUCCAGAGGUUCAUUCGCUAAGGCUGAUGGGUUUAAUUCUGAUAAGUUGUUUGGCGCUGUGUACAGUCGGAAAAGGAAGAAUUCUGUCAGGAAAAGUUCAGAUUCAGCGGCGGAUUCGGAAGGAAAAGACCGAAAUGGGUUCGAAGACAAAAUGUUCGGUCUUCAUUUUGUUCGUAGGCAAAGAAGGAAGGUCAAUGGCGGUGAAAGCUUGGUUGUCACUGACAACUUUUUGCCACAAGAUGUGGUUAGCGUCGUUGUUGACUCUUCUGUAGCAAAGAGUUCUUGGGCUGCUCCAUUUUUCCAAUCCAUUUUGAUGUACAUGAAGAGGUCCGAGCUUAGACUGACCGAGCUUUCUUCAUUUCUCAUGUCCGAGCCUAUUAACACUGUUUAUAGUUCUUGUAACAUACAAGUAUUUUGGGGUUCUCCUCCUUGUAAAAGAUCUGGAAUCUGCAAGUUUUUUGGGGCCAUGCAGUUUAUACCAUUGUUUUCUGUGGACUUUUCUGCCGUUCCUCUGUUUUUCAUGUACAUGCACUCAUGCAUGCUUCUUAGAUACAAGUUCCCGCCACCUCAACCUUUAAAUAAUUAUGCCAUUGAUGAUGACGAAGAAGAAGAAGAGGAAGAGCUCUUCUUCCCUCUUCCUUCACAGAAAGAUGCUUUGGAGUGUAAAGCUGUGGAUGCAGAAGCCAAUAAGAGGUGUGUGUCACAUCCGUCUGUUAGAACUUCAAAAUUAGUUGGUAGAAACAGUCAGUAUAGGAAUGGUUUGACUUCUCGCUGUAUUCAGAAGAGGAGGAGUUCAUUGAGGAGAAGAAGGGCUAGAAAUCCUUCAAUAAAUAGUACACACAAGUCUAAUGGAGCUUUGGUUUCUGAUUUGAUUAGCUUUAGGAAACGUGGAGUUCCAUUUUCAUCUUCUGUAACAUCUAAUAUCAAACUUAGGAGGUCGGUUCGGCGUAGCCCAUCGGGAACCUUGAAAGAAGAGAGUUCGACUGCGGUGGGGUCGACCCAGGAAAUGGAUUUACCAUCCUGUUGUGCAAAUAUAUUGGUUAUUGAAUCAGACAAGUGUUACAGAGAAGAAGGGGCCAAUGUCGUAUUAGAAAUCUCGCCUUUGGGCGAGUGGGUUCUUGUGGUUAAGAAAGAUGGAAUGACAAGAUUCACCCACAGGGCUGAAAAGGUUAUGAGGCCCUGCUGUUGCAACCGUUUUACACAUGACAUAAUGUGGAUUGGGGAUAACAGUUGGAAGCUAGAGUUUCCUAAUCGACAAGAUUGGAUGCGUUUCAAGGAUCUUUACAAGGAAUGUUCUGAUCGAAACACGCCAAUUAAGACUCCUAGUGCUAAAACUAUUCCUGUUCCUGGAGUAAGUGAAGUUCCAGGUUAUGGGGAAGACCUUGGUACUUUGUUUUGCAGACCAGAUUCAUACAUAUCAGUAAAGGAUGACGAGGUAUCUAGAGCCUUAGCGAGGAGGAAUGCAAAUUAUGACAUGGAUUCUGAGGAUGAAGAAUGGCUGAAGAAGUUUAACGGUGAGGUGUUGGUAGAGAAUGAGCUUCAUGAGCAUGUUUCAGAGGAUACUUUUGAAAUAAUGGUUGAUGCAUUUGAGAAGGCUUUCUAUUGUAGUCCAAAUGAUCUCUCUGAUGAGAAAGUAGCUGCUAAUUUUUUUCUAGAUAUGGGUAGGAGGGAAGUAGUAGAAGCUUUAUGUGGUUAUUGGAUGAAAAAGAGGAAGCAGAAAAGAUCAUCACUGCUUAGGGUGUUUCAGGGGCAUCAAGUGAAGAAAGCUCCAUUGAUUCCAAAGCCUUUUUUCCGUAAGAAAAGAUCAUUCAAACGGCAACCAAGCCAACUUGGAAGAGGCAAAUACCCAAGUUACUUGCAAGCUGAGCAAGACGCUCUUGAAGAACAGAAUGCAGUGCUUAAGGUUAAAGAAGCCAAUGCCUCAGCAAGUAAAUCCAUGCAAUUAGCAGUCUCCAAACGCCAGAGAGCUCAGAUACUUAUGGGGAAUGCAGAUCUGGCAACUUACAGAGCUGCAAUGGCGCUUAAAAUUGCCGAAGCAGCUCUAGUUGCCAAUUCUCCAGAUGACGCCACCGCAUCCACUGCACAUUUACUUGAUUAAUUUGAACGAUCCCCUAUUUUUCCUUAUAGCAAGGAUGGAAGAAGUCUCAGGUCUGAUUGAAGACGCUGGAAGAUGAUAAACCUUAGAAGGAAAAGUAUUGUAAUUCUGUAUAGAUUUUGAUUUAUAUGUACAUUCUGUAUUAUCACUACAAACUCUCUCAGCGAUAGUGUACAAGUGGAGUCUGUUAUAUUCCUUUUGUUGAAAAAAAAAAAAAAAAAAAAAAACAACAAAAAAAAAAAGGGAAAGAAAAAAUGAAGAAAACAUAGGGAAAUUUUGGGCCCAAAGAAACUGACUGUAGCAAUCAAUUUAUUUAGUUGAUCGGGUGAAAAGUGCGUUGCUUUGUAGACUCGGUAGUUUUUAUGUGAAAAUUAUAAAAUUUCGUUCUACAUGAUACAGGGAAAUAUUGAAAUUUUCAUUUUAGUUUU